UAGGGCUGGGGAGGGAAAUUGAAAUAAAGAACAAAUGAACUUGACAGUUAAUGUUGGAGGGUGGUGAAUGCCUUGAGAAAAAAGUAGAGCAGGGGCACGGGGCGGUGACAUAAGAGAAAAAUGCCACUGGAACUGAUCGGGGGCUGAAAUUGAGCAAAGUCAUGAAAGAGACAAGGGAGUGAGCCACGUGGCUAUCUGGAGGAAGAUUAUUUCUAGCAUGUGGAAAAGCUAGGAAAGACGUCCAGAGACCGGAGGGAAAAAGCUGGAGCGGGGGAGGCCGCGUGGUGGAAGGAGCUGAGCAGGGGAGAGUGCCUUCGUGACUCAAGGUAGAUGUGAUCAGCACUGGAAAAAGAUGCCAGCCCCAGCUACCACAUAUGAAAGAAUUGUUUACAAAAAUCCCUCUGAGUACCACUACAUGAAAGUCCGCCUAGAAUUUCAAGAUGGUGGUGUUGGACUGAAUGCUGCACAGUUCAAACAGCUGCUUAUUUCAGCCCUGAAGGAGCUGUUUGGUGAGGUCGAUGCUGCCUUACCUCUGGACGUUCUAACCUAUGAAGAGAAGACCCUGUCAGCCAUCCUGAGGAUAUGCAGCAGUGGUCUUGUUAAAUUGUGGAGCUCUCUGACCCUGUUAGGAUCCUAUAAAGGCAAGAACUGUGCUUUCAGAGUGAUUCAGGUUUCUCCAUUUCUCCUUGCAUUAUCUGGCAAUAGUAGAGAACUAGUAUUGAAUUGAGUAGUCUUCAAUUUGAGAAAAUAUUCCUCACUCUCAAAAGUGCUUUUUGUUGCCAGCACAAUGUUUGGAAACCGAAGCAGCCCAAAAGCUCCUAUCGAUGGGAUUUGAGAGUGCUGAAGAUGUUCCCAGUAAUGUCCAGCCAUCGCCUUUGGUGGGGUAGGCUUCACAGGAGAAUCUGCCUGAGCCAAGCAGUGCUGAACAGGCAACCCUUAGAGCACAUGCACCUCAGAGUCGGAGACCGGGCUGAACUCAGGAGAGCCUUCACACAGAGGGACGUGGUCACCUUCUCAGAAUUAACAGGGGACAUCAAUCCUUUGCACUUAGAUGAAGAUUUUGCAAAACACACCAGAUUUGGAAAGACAAUUGUCCAUGGAGUUUUGAUCAAUGGACUUAUUUCAGCUCUCCUCGGUACUAAAAUGCCAGGGCCAGGCUGUGUGUUUCUUUCCCAGGAAAUUAACUUUCCAGCCCCUUUAUAUGUUGGGGAAGUUGUUUUAGCUUCUGCAGAAGUGAAAAAGCUGAAGCGGUUCAUUGCCAUUAUUGCAGUAUCAUGUUCCGUACUGGAAAGUAAAAAGACCGUUAUGGAAGGGUGGGUUAAAGUUAUGGUCCCAGAAGCUCCCAAAUCCUGAAAUAUGUCUUUAGAGGUACAAGUUCAGGCAUCAGUGUUGUUAUUGAAAGCCUCUGGGGAAAACAGGGAUGGCUCUUCUUCAGCAAGGACAGGCUCAUAAACCUGUACUAGGGGAAGGGAGCAGAUAGAGAGAUGUUCCAGCGUCCACUUAGGCUUCACUCCGGCUUAAGUAUAUUUAUCAUCUAUCUAGGUUUUCACCACUGAAAAACAUAGGCAAUUCCCUGGUGGUCCAGUGGUAGGACUCUAGGCUUUCACUGCCAGGGGCAUGGAUCCAGUCCCUUGUCAGGAAAGUAGGAUCCCACAAGCCGUGUGGCACAGCAUGCACAUGCGUGCACAAAUACAAGUGAACAGGGGAGAUCAGAGGUGAUUCUAAGGUUGCACAUUGUUAACCAGGCUCCCAUAAGGUGCCAUUAAAAAAGAAAAAAAUAAACCUGAAAAAAGUGUUAGGAAAGUUAUCAUUUAGCUUAAUGUUCUACUUUUAGAAUUUCAAACCUAAUUAGAUUUGCAUUCAGAUAACACAAACCUACCUAUAUCUGUGCAGAUAAGAAUUUACUAAAGUCACUGAGUUUAUAAGUAGCAAGCAUUUAAUUAUUAAAGGCAACGAUGGAAGAUAGGUCAUCUUUGAACACCUAUCUUUUAACAGUAAAUAUUGUUAGAUCCUGUUCUUCAGCAGUUUCUGAAUCAGAGUUUAUUAUAAUUUGUUACUGUUUACACCAACAUGGUGAUUUAUUGAUCCUUCCUUCAGUGUCACUUGCCCUUCAGAUGGUUUUCCUGUCACUGGGGGAGGGCUUAUGUGCAUCUUUGGACUCAGUUCUGUAAGCUCUCUUGGUUUCAUCUAUAAAGCAGUGAUAACGACUCCAUACAGGAGUGCUGGAGAUGACAGAUACAAAUAGGUAAGCACAAGGCCCAGCCUCUAAACAAGUAGCAACUGCUGUUGCCAUUCUCAUCUGUGAGCAAGGUUACAGGUUUCCUGAGCUUGGAGCUAUCUGGCCAAAAAUUAAAGAACAGAUGAAUCUUUCAGGAUGUCAGCCAGUCUCCAUUGGUUUUCUAAACCUGGAAUAGAUCUUGAGUGCAGAGUUUCUAUUUUAGCAAUCCAGGUGAUUUUCUCUCUCCCUUGAAAAUAUUUUGGGGAGUCCCCACCCAUUAUAUAAAUAAUACAUGCUUUUAUUAAAAUAAUUAUAAAAAGAUUGAGGGGACACUGGUGGCCAAGUUCUUGAGCACUGAGGGGUGUUAGAGAGGAAACGUGCCUAAUUUGUUGUUAUUGGUCAUCCUGUACACAGCCAGCACUAUUAAGACAAGAAUCUAUGGUAGAACAUACAGGUAGUCCAUCUGUGCUCUGUGGCUUUAAAUGGUGGCUCAGACCACAGCUGGUUGCUUUGAUCAGGAAGAUAAGAUCAAAUUAAUUGGCUGCAUCCACCCACAUUUCCUGGAAAAAAUUUUCCUGCUGCUGGGUCAGUAACUAGAUUUUUGUUGUUGUUGUUUACGUCAACUACUACUACUAUUAAGUCGCUUCAGUCGUAUCCGACUCUGUGCAACCCCAUAGACAGCAGCCCACCAGGCUCCCCUGUCCCUGGGAUUCUCCAGGCAAGAACACUGGAGUGGGUUGCCAUUUCCUUCUCCAGUGCAUGAAAGUGAAAAGAAAGUGAAGUCGCUCAGUCGUGUCUGACUCAGCGACCCCACGGACUGCAGCCCACCAGGCUCCUCCGUCCAUGGGAUUUUCCAGGCAAGAGUACUGGAGUGGGGUGCCAUUGCCUUCUCCGUGUUUACAUCAAGGGGAUCCUUAAAACAGACUACCAGAAAGAAUUGUUCUCAUCACUAGAGGGCAGUGUUGUGUAUAAAUGAGUAGUUCAAUAUUGUACCAUACUCCAGUUUGUGUUGGUAGUGUGGAAAAUACCAAAAUCAGGGUGCAGAGCAAGGAUGCCAUUAUCAUGAGUUUCAGAAGGGGAAGCUUAUACGGGUUCAGGUUCACCUGAAGAAGGUGUAUGUAUAGGUGAAACACGGUACAUGCAGAUAAUUGGAUGUGACACUGGAAAACAAAACGGAGAAUUUGAGUCACAAAAUAAACACUUGAUGCUGAGAUCAUCUAUUCCUGCAGAACUCAUUCUCUGGGAUUUAAUGGCAAUCCUGAAGGAUGGGUCUGCAAGUGGAGUGUGGUGUGAUCAUUGAUACUGUAAGUUACCAUUCUUUCAAUGAUAAGCCAGGUUUGUACAGUAAUUCUAAUCCUUUAAACAGUUUUAUGAAGUUACUGUUCCGUUUUAUGGGCUCUAUGACUUGCCCAGGGUUGUCAGCUAGUAUGCAGUGGAGCUGGGAUCCGCAUGGGCCUGCCUGGCUCCAGAACAUUUCUUUUUUCCAUUACCCUGUGGGCCUUAAAAUGUUCCCAUAUUGGAACGCUAUCAGUUUCUAUAAUAGUAUCUUAUGUUGCAUUUGUAUUUGGAACUACCAUCGUACAUAAUUUUUUUUCUAUUUAGAAUAUUCUAGAUCCUAUUCCCUGUUACAGUUUUAAUGUUUUCCUCGCUGUUACUUGAUGGCUUCUACCAAAACCUAUUGCCUGUACUUUUUCUAAGUUGAUAUUCAGUGAGUGUCUUCAGAGCAGAAUUACUGAAAGAGUUAUUCUAAAGUCAGGCGUGGUGGGGCCUUGUGUAUAUGAGAUCUGAUGGAUAGCUGAUUAAUAGUGUGUAACUUAAAGUAGCUUCUCAGUAGGAAUGUUUCCUUUUUUUUUUUUAAUUAUCCAUAGAUGUCAUGGUCUUUGAUCUUUAUAAACUGAAAUAGAUGGAACAGAGAAGUAGGCAAGGAUUUAGGGAAACUCUGUAAAUGAUGACUUAUUAUUUUUAUGCUGAGCCAAGAUUCUCAGACCACUUAAUGCUUUGUUAAAGCUGACUAUAACACAAACUAGCUGGCUGGCUUUUUCAUUUUGAGCUCUCUACAAGUUGCCAGAAAGAGUGACUCUUCUGAUGAAAGCACGAGUGCCUCUUACAUAGGAAAUCCUCUUCCAAGUAAUUGAGAAGUGGCCUUGACUGUCCAGGGUCACAAAGAAGUGAGUACAAAAGUACUGACUGAAAGAGCAGGGCAGAUUGUCCUAGUGCUUUCCAUAUAGGGGCAUUAUAAGACCACAGUUUAUAGGAUGUUUGAUCGCCACAGAAAUAUAUACCCAUCGUAAGCAAUUUCAGCCUAAUGUACUGGAAAAUUGCUUAACAGAUUUUUGUAUUUGAUUAGAAACAUUUCCAUAUUGGUGAAAUGCCACUCAUUUCUUUUUCUGAGCAGUGAAUCUUAAGUAGCAACAGGGAGAAAGCCUCCCCACAGCCACCAUUCAUCUUGCAUAUUCAGCUAGAAAAAGAAAGAACAGCUAAAGGCCCAUUGGUACCUCUUAGGUAACCACAGGUUUUCAUUUUGUGCUGAAUUAUUAGACAUUUUUCUUUUUAUGUUCUUAGAGCAUGAUUAAGAGACCAAUUUACUCCCAAAGAAAAUUGCUACUAAAUUACAUCUAUUAAGUUUUUAUAUUAAAACAUACUCUACCAAAGGUUGACAGUCGCUGAGCAGCUGUGCCACUCUGAAUGCGUCAUGUGCUGGCAUAAUUUAUUAACUGACUCUAUGCAAGUGCCGUGAAAUUACUCUGGGGCUGCAUUUGAGUAUCUCCAGGGUCCCGUAUGUUUCACUCCCUUUGUCCUUGGCUUUUCUUCCUAUGGAUUACACACAGAGACCAGAAUUCUCAACAUCUUCAGAGAAAUUUUGGUUUGCAGAAAAAUCAUAAAAAAAAACCAAGACGAAUGUGGACACUACAUAAAUAGAACAGAUUUAAUAGAAGGCUCCACAAACAGUCGAUUUCUAGGCCACAGUCAAUUUCUUGGGUGGCCCUUAGUGAGGCCACAGUUCACAUGACCUUAUAAACCAUGAGCAAAAUUCCUCUGUGAUGUAAUGAAAAAAUUCCAGUAUGUAAGGGAAGUAAGAAUGAUCACAAGUGACUUGAAUUUUUUUUUUAAAUCCAGAUCACGAAUAUUUAAAGAAAGAAAAUAAUUCUGAGUGGGGAGGUGAUGCGGCUUGGGAAGCACUAAGUUUUUCACUAGGUUCUAUGAGUUGACUUGUAGAACAGUUGCCAGGUCUGGAAGCGUCCUCACUAAAACUCAUUAUUUUCAGUCAGUCUGGCCAAAUGUCAAGCUGUUAAACAACCUGUGGACUAUCUAAACAUUUGGCAGCAUACAAGAAUAUAAAUCUUUAUUUUCCCUUGCAGCCCUGAGUAGUUACGUAUAUGGCAACAGAAGAACUGCAUAUCUCAUUUGCUUUACCCAGUAUGAGACUGGAAGCAAAGUAGAUUGGAUUCAGAUCAGCUCUGGACUAGGGAGUUUCUCCACAUUCACCGUGAGCCACUUCAAAAGCCAAAUGGCUUUUCAGACUAUCAUAGCCUAGUCUCCAAAAGAUCCAGGGAUCCAGUUAAGUCUAGGCUGUUUAGGGCACUGAUUUGGGUAGAUGAGAUUAUAAGGCUGUCUAUAGUAUUUUAUUCUCAGAGGCUUCAGGCAAGAAUUCCUCGAGAACAGGAAAGCCUAGAUUGAGAGUCCGUGGCUUCAUUCCACCAAAUACCUGAUUUCUCACUUUCAGUUUCAUUUCCUUAGUAAGGAAGAGGACAGGCUGUCAUUUGAUGACCUUUGCAACUCAGUUGUAUAAUAUUGUUAUGUUUUUUCCUAAACAUACAAGUAAAAUAUUUUUAAAGACAUUCUGAAAAGUGCAGAAAAACAAAAUAGCAUCAUGAUUCUGUUUGCUAAAGACCCUCAGCUAAUAUUUUGGUGGGCUUCCUUCUGAUGUUUUUCCUAUGAACAUUUUAAAAUCUUGAAGUCAUAAAAUGCAUAUAUUGGGGUUUUUUUCCUACUUUUUUUGGUAAAAUAUUUAUGAUUGUAUCACGAUUUGUCUGGUCUUCUAUUACAUAUAUACCUUUGAGUGCUAUGUAUUUGCAUUGAUCUCUGAGUAUUUCCUUAGGAUAAUCUCCUACAGGUGGGAUUACUGGGUAAGGACAUUUCAAUGUGUGUUGUCAAAUCCCAGCUGCUAGUGCCAGACCUCUUACAUGGUUAAGUACUCAGUAAAUAAUUGUUGAGUGCAUAAAUGCCCCAAUUUAUAAAGCCCUAGCAGUAUGCAAGAAGAGCCUUGUCUCCGGUCAGCCCACAUAAUAUGAGUAAUGAUUAAAGCCGAAUUUUGGUUUCUGUGAAUCUGGUAAUGAAAUAACAUAUUUGCCUUAAGAAACAAGUAAAAAGUGAACCCUCCCUAAGUGA